AAGCAUAUUUAAAACAUAAAAUUAAAUCUCAUUUUGAUACAUGCUAUAUAUUUUAAUUGAAGAGUUUUUUUAAACUCUGCUUCAGUCAAAACCAGACAAAACAAAUUCAAAAUCGAGGGAGUAGUUUCACAAGACACUGAAAAAAAUGGAAGCUCUACUUGUAAGAAAAUUGGGCGAUCCUACUAUCCCACCAAAUGCUUCAGAUAAUUCAUCACUGGAUCUCUCAAUCUCUCAUCCAAUCCCUAAUUUAAACUCACCAACUUCCGUUAGAGUUCGAGUCAAAGCAACCAGUUUGAAUUUCGCAAAUUACCUACAAGUUCUUGGGAAAUACCAAGAGAAACCUCCGUUACCGUUUAUCCCUGGGUCUGAUUAUUCCGGUAUUGUUGACGCCGUUGGACCGAAUGUGACCAAGUUUAAAAUUGGGGAUCCUGUUUGUUCUUUUACUGCGCUUGGAUCAUUUGCUCAGUUUAUUGUUGCUGAUGAAUCUGACUUGUUUCGAGUACCUGAUGGGUGUGAUCUAGUUGCAGCUGGUGCACUUCCUGUUGCAUAUGGGACAUCACAUGUGGCUCUGGUGCAUAGAGCGCAUCUGCGUCCCAAACAGGUUUUACUGGUACUUGGAGCAGCUGGAGGUGUUGGGCUCUCAGCUGUACAAAUUGGGAAGGUUUGUGGAGCAACAGUUAUUGCAGUCGCUAGGGGAAAUGAAAAGGUGCAGUUUUUGAAAUCUUUAGGUGUUGAUCAUGCAGUAGACUUGAGCAAUGCAAACGUCAUUGAAAGUGUCAAGGGCUUCCUGAAGUCAAGAAAGCUCAAAGGGGUUGAUGUCUUGUAUGAUCCAGUUGGUGGGAAGCUCACAAAAGAUAGCUUGAAACUAUUAAGUUGGGGAGCACAAAUUCUGGUUAUUGGAUUUGCAAGUGGGGAAGUACCUGUCAUCCCAGCAAACAUUGCUUUGGUGAAGAACUGGACAAUUCACGGACUGUAUUGGGGAAGCCACAAGAUAUAUCAACCUAAUGUGCUUGGAGAUUCUCUGAAGGAGCUUCUCUCCUGGUUGUCUAAGGGCUUGAUUACAAUCAACAUUUCUCAUACAUUCAGCCUGGCAGAGGCCCAUCUUGCUUUUACUGCUCUCAAAGAUAGGAGAGCAAUUGGAAAGGUGAUGAUAACAUUCGAUGAUGGGAGAAUUGUAAAGUCCAAGCUUUAAUUGGACCAACUCAGAAUGAACGAGGUGCAGAAGAUUUUCCUGCUGCUUGAAUAUCAGAUUAUGCACUAUCCUGUGGCUUUUCGUCACAAGGAGGUGCUGCAAUCUAUAAAUAUGUGGAACUUAGAUUUAAUAAAAGAAAGAAAUAUAAGGCAAUAGAUGCUAUUGCAACGUAACAGUGUAUUUACGUGAAAAAUUGUGCGAAAUAAAGUAAAAUCUAUUUCGAAUGUUA